CCUCAUGACUAACUAAACCAUGGCUCCAAGUGCCACAUCCAAUCCCUUUUUGAACACCACUGGGCAAAGUUCCAGGACCGACCUCCAGCCUGAGCCAGACUCUGCACCCCAGGCACACCACAGUGCCCAGCCAUGGAUCUGCUGAGUGCCUGCAGCCACCCAUGCUGGUUCCUGCUCACACUGCUUCUGGGGCUGCUCCUCUGGGCACAGAGGAGACAACGCUGGGACCCCCGCGGGUGUCCCACUGACCUGACCGGCAAGACAGUGAUCGUUACCGGAGCCAACAGCGGGAUUGGCAAAUGUGUGGCCAUGGACCUGGCCCGCAGGAACGCCCGCACCAUCCUGGCGUGCCGGAGCCAGGAGCGGGGCCAGGCGGCGGUGGAGGAGAUCCGGGCGGCCACCGGCAACCCCGCAGUGCUGCUGCGGGUGCUGGACACCAGCUCGCUGGCCUCGGUGCGAGCCUUCGCCCAGGCUGUGCUGCAGGAGGAGACGCGGCUGGACGUGCUGGUCAACAACGCCGGCGUCACCGGUACGCUCCGCGCCCGGGGUCAGGGUCGGGCCCCCGCCAGCCCCGGCCACAGUCCAGCUUCUCCUCGCCGCCCGGCUCCUGGCCAACCUGUCCCCCCUCGCCCAGGGCUGCCUUUCACUGUCACGCCGGAGGGCCUGGAAAUGACCUUCGCCACCAACCACCUGGGCCCCUUCCUGCUUACCAACCUGCUGCUGGAGCUGCUGAAGGCCUCGGCGCCUGCCCGCGUGGUCAACGUCUCGUCGCUGCGGCACAGCGCGGGCACCGCUGACGGCCGGUACCUCACCGGGCAGCGGCGGCCCAGGGGCUACGACGCUGCCUACAACAGCACCAAGCUGAUGAACGUCCUCUUCAGCGCCGAGCUGUCCCGGCGGCUGCACGGCACAGGGGUGACCAGCAAUGUGCUGAGUCCUGGCGUGGUGAGCACCAGCAUCAUGCGGCACUUCGGCUGGGCCAUGCGCACCCUCUUCUUCCUCCUCCGCCCCCUCAUAAAGUCGCCGGAGCAGGGCGCCAUCAGCACCAUCUACUGCGCUGUGGCAGAGGAGGUGUCGGGCAUCACAGGCAAGUACUUCAAGAGCGACUGCAGGCUGGCACUGCCCGCCCCGGCCGGGCGCGACGCUGCGCUGGCUCGCAAGCUCUGGGAGGAGUCGGAGAGGCUGACAGGGCUUGGGGACAGACCCCAGCACUGAACCAGCAGUGGCUGUGCCACACCUGAUGUUGCCAGCUGCUGUGCCAGGAUCCCUGCAGCUCCCUGGAACGUAGGGAUGGAUACUGCCAGGGGGACACCGGUGCCAUGUGGGUGCUGGGCAGUCUGUGCCAGGGUGCA